GACAGCAGCGACAGCAGCGACAGCAGCACCAGUGUCAUCGUCAUCAACAGGAAUAUUAAAAGCAGCAACAUCAAAUUGCUGCAGCAGCAGCAACAACAACAACAGCAGCAACAGCAGCCAUAUCAACACCAUCAACAGCAGCAGUAUAAUCAGAUUGUAAGAACAGCUGCAAAAAGAAACAAAAAAAAACUGCGGCUAUAGCAACAACAGCAGACGUGAACAAACAACCGCAGCAACAGAAAGAAAAAAUUAUCGCAAUCUUAAGAAGCUUUGCAACGCCAAAAACAACAGCAGCAAGUGUAACAACACCAAGAACAGCAGCAACAAAGACUGUACCACCAGCAGUGGUAUAAGCAGCAAAAAAAAAGCAGCUGAGCAUCAGUAGCAAUAACAAUUUUCCGUGGUAAAAGCAGCAGCUUUUGUAACCACGACCACGACGGCAGCAACACUUACAAUAGUAAACCAACGAUGGAGCCCGUAGAUGGUGUUAUAAAUUGCUAGAAAUAGUAGCUUCGAAUGAUAUUUAACUGUUUUAAGAGUAGAGGUAAUUUAGCUUGUUCUGUUGGGGGGUUUUUUUUAUAUAUAUGCAUAGCAAAUAAACAAAACGGGGUGGUCAUGUUUGGAAAGCGUUUGAUCAUAGGUUGGUAUGUUAAAGGUCGCUCAGAAGAUACACGAAAUCUACAAUUAUAAAUAUUAAGUAAUAACAACAACAACAACAAUAAUUGCAGCACUGUCACCAACAGCAGUAGCUGCAGCACCAACAACAGCAGCAUUUACAACGACAGCAGCAACAAUAACAGUAAUAAAGACAACAGCAGCAGCAGCAGCUUCAGCGAUAGGAAGGACAACAACAGAAGCAAUAACAACAUCAUCGGCAGGUCAGCAGCAACAACGCCGACAGCAUUAUCAUCUUCAGCAGCAGCACCAACAACGUGUGAACUACCGAAUAAAAGAGAGACUUUUGUGUGUGUGUGUGUGCGUGUGUGUGGCCGUGCGACAUGCGAGACAUAGCAGUCGAAUCCCCCCCGCUGCCGUCUCAAAAUAAGAGAAGGACGAAAACACGCCUGAGAUAGUGGUGUAGUAGAUAUAAUCUUGAAAAAUGCGGGAUGGUCACGGCGGGAGCGGAUAGUUUUGAUUGUAGGGCUCCUUGUUGAAAGACUCGAUUGGAAUCGACCGGAAGGCAAACAUCAACAACAACAACAACAACAUAGACACAGACAACGUUGCAUUAGAAGGACUGUAAUAAACAGCAGCAGCAGCAGCAGAAAUAGCUACAACAGCAGCAAUACGUGCAGCAACAAGAACCGCAGCAGUCACAACAACCGCAGCAGCAAUAGUAGAAAUAUCAUCUUCAGCAGCAGCAAUAAUAACUGCUGUAACACCUAUAACAGCAGCGGCAGAGGCAGCAGCAGUUCUGGGAAUUUUAGCAGCAGCAGCAGCAAUAGAUACGCCAACGCUAGCAGCUUCACCAACAGCAGCAUGCAGCUGCAGCAGCAGCAGCAGUUCCAGGAAUUUUAACAGCAGCAGCAAUAAACACGGCAACGCUAGCAGCUUCACCAACAGCAGCAACAGCAUCUGCAGCAAGACUAGCUGCGGCAGCGGCAGCAGCAAUAGACACGGCAAGGUUAGCAGCUUCACCAACAGCAGCAACAAAAAUCACAGCAGUAACAGCAUCUGCAGCAGCAGCAGUCCUAGGAAUUUUAGCAACAGCAGCAGCAGUAGCAACAGACACGGCAGCGCUAUCAGCUUCACCAACAGCAGCAAGCAGCAGCAGCUAGUAAGAACAACAACGAAUGUAACAGCAGUAACAGCAUCUGCAGCAGCACCAGCUCCGGCAACGACAGCAGCAUGCAGCAGCAGCAGCAGCAGUCCUAGGAAUUUUAGCAGCAGCAGCAGCAGCAGUAGCAACAGACACAGCAGCAAGCAGCAGCAGUAGCAACAGACACAGCAGCAAGCAGCAGCAGUAGCAGCUAGUAACACCAUCAGUCAGUUUGUUACAAGGCAUUGUAAGAAUCUCAGCUGGAUAUUUCAGAUACGUGGAACCGAUGGACACUUUUAAACCGUGCUCAGCGAGUGAAGUUUUGAAAUGAAAAAAAGAAGAGAAGAAAAAGUAGAAAAAUAACAAUAAUAAUAAUAAUAACAACGGAGAAUGAUUUUGAUGUAAGAGAUCCUUUGGCGAUAAUGAAUAAAUAACAGAACAUCUAUGAAAACAAAACCAAAAAAGAAGAAAUCGACGAGGACAAUAACGAAAUAAUAAUUAAACGAGAGAAGGAGAAUGAAAAUAUAACAACGAAAAAAGAUCAAGCUUCGAAGAAAAUUGGGAGAAUGAAAUAAAGGCAUUAUUUUUUAACGCCAUGCUUACGAAAGAUACGGGCUGAGUCCCACAGAGAGCCUUCUAUAUUUUCUACCCAAACGAGUCUUUUAAUCUGAUAUAUUUAUACGCUAUUAUCUACAGCUUUUCAACCUUUGAAAAUAUGUUUUUAAAUAUUUCACUUUUUUUAUUAUUUAAUCACACGUCGUAAGGAUAACAUGAAAGGAAAACAACAAAAUAUUGUUUGAAAAAGUUGUGAGUUUCGUGGAAGGGAAAUAUAUGUACAUAAGUAUAUAUAAACGAAAGGAACAGGGAAAAAAUGAAGUAAUUUGAAAAGAAUCUAAGACAAGUAUUUGAAAAAGGUUUAAAACUUCAAAAGUUUUGCAGGCAGAAAAGGGAAGAAGGGAGAAGAGAGAGGAGGGGUAUGAUGAAGAAACGGAAUCAAAAUUGAAUAAAACAACGUUUAGUCUACUGAUCGAUUGAAGUGGUUGAUUGAGUGAUUGAUUGAUUAAUUGAUUGGUCCUCAGCGUGUAACUGGCACUUACUCAUUUGCUUAAUUAUAUAAACAAUCCAUUCCCUUCAUUCCACGCUGGGACCGGAAGAGACAAAUAGUGAAUUGAAAUCGUUGGUACAAUUUGAACAUACAAAUAUACACAGGCAAAUCCAAGAACAAAAAAAAAGACACAACAAAAUUCAGUGGGGCGCACAGAAGGAAUAUAUUAGAUUGAUGGCCAGUAAAAGUUUUUGAUAGAAACAUAGAAGUGGAAAUGACGUUUCGAGCAUGGCUCUUCGUCCGAUAGAGAGAAAAGUCCAGAGAAAAAGAAAAGAAGGAAGGAGUAGAUAGUCUUAUACAUACAUACCUAGAAACAUACAUACAUACAGACAGACAGACGUACAUGUACGUAUCUGCCUAUAUACGCAAGCAUUUAUAUAUUUGUAGAGGAACGGUUAAAAAUGGAAAGAAGACGAAAAAUUAGACCAGGAGGGAUGUUGAGUGGAGUUACAGAUUAUGAUCGAAGGAUGAUAAAAUAAAAAAGACUAAGAAUACACGAAAAAGGAACUUUUUCUAACCAAAACAUCGGUACAGCUCUCAUUUCUACAAAUUAGAAAAAAAAAAAAAACGCACGUGGAAAAUAUACAAGAGAAAGGUGCUCCGAGUACAAAUAUAUUUAUAAGAUAUAUAUGCUAUUGAAAUUAGUAAUAACAAUAUAAUUUCAAAUUCAUUACUAUUAUUAUUAUUAUUAUCAUUAUUAUUAUUAUUAUUAUUAAGUACUUGAAUUUUAUAGCAAAGUAAAAAAAAAACGUCUUGUCUACUGUAAAAAUAAAAUGUCUUCUAUACGGAAAGAGAGAGAAAAGUAGACAGGUUAUUAAUAAACAUACACAUAUAUUUAUAUUUAUAUAUUUAUAUAGACAAAUAUUUGCCUAUUACAUUACAUAAAAACGUUACAUAAAUAUAUAUGACAUAUUAUACAUUACGUUACGUUCGUGAAUUAAAAUCGAGAAUUGUUAUUUGGAUGUUAAAAAUGAAAUCUUGAAAAUUCCAAAAAACUGCUGGAUCCGAGUGACUAAAUAUAAACAAAAACGGAUAUUAAACUUACAGUCGGAUUUGAACCCAGUACGUUCCCAACUACUGUUGCCACAAAACCAACGCCAUCAACAAAACCAACACACCACUACUAUUACAACUACAAUUUCUACUAAUUUCUACCGUUGUGGGGUUUUUUUACACUCUAAAUCUCCCCCCUAAACCCACCGAAACCAACUUGGAUUAUACAAACUAAACACUACACUUUUUUUAUUUUCAAACGGAGGACUAAAAAGCUAAAAUAACACUAACUACCACCACCACCACCACAACCACCACUACUAUAACUACUACUACUACUUUUAUUAUAAGGACUGCUACGACUACUGCUGCUGCCGCUGCAGUUGAGGUAAAGGAAGAACAACAAAACAAAAACAAAAUAAAUACGUUCCACAUGUUAUUUUUUCUUUAUGAAACAUUCAUGGUGACGAAAAACCAUUUCAUAGCGUGUGUGCGUGUAUAAUACAUCUAGAAAUAUAUAUAUAUAUAGAUAGACAUACGCACAUACAUACACACAUAUAUACAGAUAUGUAAAUAUAAAAGGAUAUAUACUACACAUACACACACACAUGUAUAUAUAUAUAUAUAUAUAUAUAUAUAUAUAUAUUUAUGCACUUACAUUAAAUAAGUAGCAGGGUUUUUUAAAAUAUAAGUUCCUGGGGCCGAUAUAGUGUGUCGACUAAAAUUCUUCAAGACGGUGCCCCAGUAUGGCCGAAGUCUGAUUACUGAAACAAGGAAAAUUAAAGAAAGCGUACAUAGAUUCGUACAAACAUACAUACAGAAAACACACACAUACAAAUAUAUAUAUAUAUAUAUAUAUAUUAGAUAUAGAUAUAUAUACAUACAAACAUUUGUAUAUAAACAUACACAUUCAUAGAUAGACAGACAUAAAGCACGCACACACAUAUACACAAACGCACAUACAUACAUACAUACACACACACAUACCUAACUUCAAACCGGAAGCUAGGAGAUUUAUUGAGCUACUCCACGCGCUUGUUUGCACUGCUUUCGUCUGUCACUCUCUCCCUUUGACUUUCCCCCUCUGACUCCCUCCCUCGUGCAUCCCCUUCACAUCUCUAUGUCCCUCUCGCUCCUCCUUUCUCUCUCUCUUUCCCAUUUCACUCCCGCUCCUUAACCUCUCUUACUUUUCACACACUUUCUUCUCUCUAUCUCUCCACUUCGUCUCCUCAUCUCUUUCGUGCCCCCUCAGUCUCUCUCUCACUCUUUCUUUCUCUCUCUCUCUCUCUCUCUCUCUCUCACACACACAUACGUCCGCUCUCUCUCACACUCUCAUACACACACAGACACACACACCGACACACACACACACGCACACUCACAUACGCACACACGAUCGACCGUUCAGGUCCUCCUCUCACACCCACACCCACCUCCCACCACCACCACCACCACCACCAACGACAAUAAACGAAGUUUAUCAUUAUGAUACCAUUUGCAACUUGCCUGUGUUUUGGUAAACAGGCUCUCUCGUCGUGGCGUUCGGCGAGCUCGAACACGACACUAGUCCCUGCCGGGAGCACUUUACCUAUUACCGAGGGUCCAGUUCAUACGUACAAAGCGUGCGUUACAAAAGGGUGCUUAAUGCAUGAUGCGAUACACAAAUAUACGACCGAUGUCUCCUGUCAAACAUCUGAUAAAGAUAUGAUUUACGUGGGAACACUUGGUGGUGAAAGAGUGAAGUGCAAGCACAAGGAAGGCGGUGAUCAUAAAAACCGGUUCGAUCUGGAUUUAAAAGACAUAGAAGGUGCUUCCCGCUGUCAAGGCCGGAUAGGUUUGAAAUUCUUAAGUCUUCACAAAAUCCGAAGGAAACGAAGACCUGUGUUGAAGUUUUCUCCCCAGAAUGCAUCUUUGUUGGAUGUUCAGUACAAUGAACAAGCUCGGCGUGUGUUAUCAACGGUUGAUAGUUGGUCGUUUGACAUCUUCAAUUUUGACAAGCUAAUAGCAGGGAAAUCGCUUUUCCAUCUAGCUUUACAUUUGUUCCAAGAUUACGGCUUCUUAGAUAUAUUCAACAUUGAUAUAAUAAAGUUGAUGCGGUGCCUCAGUUCAAUAGAAGAAGGUUACCAUGACAGUAAUCCGUACCACAAUUCCUUGCACGCAGCUGAUGUUACCCAGGCAAUGCAUUGCUACCUGAGAGAGAAAGAGUUAUAUAAUUGUGUUCUUCCAAUAGAAGCAAUGGCAGCUCUUUUUGCCUCUAUGAUGCAUGACUUGGAUCAUCCUGGAGUGAACCAAGCUUACCUCAUAGCAACAACUAAUGUCUUAGCAUCUCUUUAUGAAAAUUCCUCUGUUCUUGAAAACCAUCAUUGGAGGUCAGCCGUUGGUGUGCUACAUGAAUGCGGAAUCUUCGACCAUUUUGAUGCACAUCAAUGGGGUCUUCUUGAAUGGCAGCUGAAGUCUUUGAUUCUGGCUACAGAUAUAACCAGGCAGCAAGAAUUUAUCCGGAAAUUCAAGGAGUACCAAGAUGAUCCCAAUUUCACAAUCAAGAACAAUGCCAAUCAUAGACAUUUUGUGAUGCAGAUCGCCAUGAAAUGUGCCGAUAUCAGUAACCCAUGCCGGCUGUGGCCCGCCAGUAAGCAAUGGAGUGAGAAAAUCUGUGAAGAGUUCUUCCUACAAGGUGACUGUGAGAGGAAAUUAAAACUGCCAAUCACACCAAUGUGCGACAGAUAUUCAACGUCCAUGGCGAAAAUACAGGCCGGUUUCAUGGAGCAUGUUGUUUACCCAUUAUUUCACGAAUGGCGGCGUUUCAUGCGGUCGGAACUGUCGAAGAACAUGUUAGAGAAUGUGAAGACGAACAAAAACCGUUGGGAAAAAGAAAGAGCCGUAGAGUUACAGAAAGAAGCCGAACUGAAUGAGGAACAUACGUCCGGAAGUUUGUCUUCUGUGUUUGAACAAGACGAACUGAACGAGGAUAGCCACGUAAAUGGAGAUACGGACAACAGCGAGUCAGAGGAAGGGGAUAUCAUUGGAGAAACCCGAUUCCUCUCAACAUUACCGUCCAGGCACGGCUCCUUGGAUCAUUCAGAAAGUCUCCGAAGUAAUUCUCCAACAAUGGAAAACCGAGAGAACUUUGUUCCUGGUUCACGUCGACAUAGUCUGCCGUUGAGUUACUUUCGGCGUGAGUCGAUCCGUGUUACGGUGAGGAGAGAGAGUUUCCCGCAUGUACAACGAUCUCGACGCAAUGUACCUCGCAAUAACUUUUUCCAUGCUACCUCUUUUGAAGGGUUUUUCCCCACCACUAAAAAGAGUAUCUCGAUCGAGAGUGUACUGGGUCGUCCCAAAAUUACUACGCUAAGCCCAAGUUCCGAAGCAAGUAGACUUGCCUCCAGACUGUUUUCUUCAGACCCCCAUUUAGCACAACGAAGUCAAAUGCCCUCAGCGAACGGACAAAAAGCAGCAACACGUCUAACUUCUCUUUUAGCAUUAACGGCAAUAAGCCCUCCCGCCGAGAUUGAAUCGUGUCCUUUUCAGGCAUUCCAGUCACGAACAGUACUUGCUCCUCUAUCAGGUAACGCUCAAGAAACGACAGGUAGGGAAUGGUGGCAAACUAGGGACCCUAUUCUCAACCCUUUACGAAGGGUUUCCGCCAUAGACUUCACGUUUCAAAUAAAGGGUCAAGUUUUAGGUUCGCAUGGAGAUAUGUCUACGACAAGUCAAUCCAAGAUGGUACCAGAUCAGACAAAGGCAGAUAUAAUACAUGUAAGCCACAGUGAGCCCACAAAACUAUCAGAACGCACGAGAAGACGAGCAUCCGAUGAGGAAUCUCUUUAAAAUAUUAUUAAAUCCUCAUUUCUAAUAUUUGUGGAUUUUUUAAAAAGUAUUUUUAAAUUAAAUUGGACAGGAAUCCAACAAAAGAUCAGACAAUUUACCAAAAACAAAAAAAGACAAGAAUAAAAUCUUCAUAAUUCAUUGGAAAAA